GAAAUUCACACUACGGCAGACUUCGGCGCCAAAAGUCGUCGUCGGUUUAUUGGGGAGAAUUAUUCUGUAAAAAAGGACGUAUUGCGUCCAUCUAAAAACCCGCUUCGUUACGCCUCGAUGGACCGCAGAGGACGUGUCCGCCAUCAACAGGAGACGGAAUUGGCGACGCUUCCCCUGCGGCGAGGGCGACGGAGAAGGAGGAGGAGGAGGAGAGCCGACAGCAGCUCCGACGAAAGCUUGUCUCUCGUGAGGAGGUGCGAGAGGUACAGAUUCCUCCACGAUCACGUUUACUGGAGGACAGGCAUGAUGAGGUCUUUGAGGAACGCGAGGAUAGGGAUGGCGUGCGAGGACAGUUGGAGCGAGGACGAGGACAGCUCGAACGACUUUGAUUCCUCGGAGGCGGACAUGGCCGAUCUCUCGUCGUGCGCUGAAGAUAACGACGUGGCUGAGGGUGCGAGGACGUCGAAGAUGGCAGGUCGACGUCGGGAUCCGCGCUCUCGAAGGGGGAAGAGGAAGCUCGGAUGUCGGGAGAUAGAUUCGCAACGGAAACGCAGCCGCUCGAAGCCGUCGCUGAACCAGGCGUCGGGAGUUCAGUCUCAGAAAACUUGUGCCUCACCCACCGGCGGCGGGGAGACGGCAGCAGCACCGGCAGCGCCUCCUCCCGCUCGCGAGGGCGUUGGCCGGCCCCAGUCUCCCAACGAGUUAUGUUUAAGUAUCCAGGCGCCCACUGGGAAGGCAGCGUCUUGCAUUUUUGCGCCUCGGGGUCAAAGACAGCAGAGGAAGCUGGUGACCGGAUGGUUCACUAUAAGAUCCAGCAGGAAAAGGCCAUCAGAAGAUGGUUUAGAUUUAGGUGUUCCAAAGAAGCAGAGGGCGCCUUCGGAAGUAGGUGUCGGAAAUCGUAAGCACCAUGGGUUGCCUUCAGGCAUUCCUGAGAAACCUAAGGAGAUUUUGCUGUCGGGAACUCCCCAGAAUCCGGUGUUGCCGAUAGGAACGUUCGAGAAACACGAAACCACACAAAUGCCAAAAAAUAACACUCAAAUCAAUAGUGGUGAAGUUGUCCUGUUUGAAUCGUCUGGAUCAUGCAAAAAACUGUCAGUUGAAAAGAAUCUAGACGCAUCCAAGAGAGAGUCCCAGGUAAGGACAAAAACCUGCACUGUGCAAGAUACAACUCGGCGUAAAAUACCGAUGGUAGUGAUACACCCUGGCGCCAAGAAAUUUCUUCCUCAGCAUGUAGUGUAUGAAUGGAAGGCCAAGCAAGGAUGUCACGAACAUAAAGCAAAGGCCAAAUGCGCAGUAGUUGACGUAAGCAACAUACGCAGCAAUGACAACAGAGAACUACAUGGAAAUAAGAGGGAGAAUAGACCAAGUACUUCCGCUAAAGAUGGUGAUAAUGCUAACAGAGGAAUUGGUGACAUAUUGACAAUAACAACACCGAGGGAAAUGAGUGAGCAAAGUUAUGUUGGAAUUGAAGUCCUAGAUAAAACACAGUUGGAAAGAACCGCAGACACCAAUGACAUGAAUGACGAAGAAGUAACAGACAUUGAUAUAAUAUCGCUACAAGAGAAGUCCAAUGUCAGUGUGAGAACAGUAGGAAGCAAGAAAUCCAAAGAUGAAACUCGGAGAGACGAAGCUACGGAGGAAACAAAAACACAUACAGCAGAGGAGCCUUCGAAGGGAGAUGAAACAGACAAAUCAAAACAUUGCUCAGCUGACAAUGCUGACACCGGAAUACAGCAAAACAAAUCAAAGAAACCAGGGAAAGCCAAGAAAAAGGAGAGCGGACCAAAGACCACAUCAGAAUUAUCACGCCUGUCAGAACACGCCUCCAGCAAUCAGAAAUCAUGGCCUCAGGAUACUUUAGCAAGUGCUUCAAUCUCGGUUCCUUGCACUCUUAAGAUAACCAAAGAUCCUGUUACUGUGAAAGAGGGAUCGAAGACACCGCUCCCGGACUCUGUGAGAAACGUAGUGAAGAUUAUUGAUGAAGUUGCAACCGGUUGUAUACCAAUAGACUCACAACGCAUUUUGCAAGCACGCUGGUCUGCACCGGUCUCAGAAGUGAUCACGCACAUGGAAAAGAUUAUAGAAAAAGUUGCCACCGACUCCGCACAGUGUCCAGACGACCGUAAAGCAAUGAGCACGGUCAGUGAACGUGUUCAUUUCGAGAGCGAACAACAUGGAUCGGUAAAGAGAAAUAACAAGAUGGUGGAUAUUCCCAAACAGAUAACUAAGGCUAUGAAGAAAGUGGGCCGCUGUAAUGGGAAGAAAGCAGGGGGACAAGAUACAAAUCAGGAUGGUGUGAAAAGUAACACAGAAAUUCCUACAAUUGCAUCAGAAAAGAAGAACCAAAUAAAAGCUGUUUCUGUGAACGCUUUGGAUUUCCUCCCGAAUUUAGCGAGAGAGCUGCAGCAAAGAUUAAGGUCACCCUCAGGCAGUUCCCAAGGAGAGUUUAACGAGGCCUCAGAUAUCCCUCGCGGACGAACAGCCCCUGGCACUUCGAAGGCACAGCAACGAGAUUCCUUUCCACUCGUGAACAGAGGAUGUCGCCAGGGGGAGCGACCGAGACAUGAAGGGAAUAUCAAGGAGCUUUCGCCAGUAUUUACGAUGAGUCGAGAAGUUAGUCAGACAGAAGGCUUGAAUACUGCUUUACUUGAGAAAGUAUUUAAUAAUGGCAAGAUUCUUUCCGUGAAUGUUCAGAAAAGAAAGAAAUGCACUGAUAUCGCUGACAUAUUAAUCAGGAGAGCGAAAAUAGGGAUUGAACAAUGCACAAUAUCUCGGACGAAAACCACAGAAUCAGAAAAUAUACUUAUUAAAUGCCAUAAGCGUUUGCUAUCGGGAGAGGACUUAUCUGAGAACUUAUCUGAAUCGAAGGUGACAGUAGACCUGCCACAGGAUGUACACGGAAAGCACCAUGUAGCUAUCGGAACUUGUAAGAGAACCCCUCAAGGACUCGUCCAAUUUCAGUCAACAGGUACUAAAAAGGACCCCAAUCCCACAGAAAAGCGUAAUCACCGUCCAUCCGUUCUCCGCCCGGCUCCCUCCACGAUUUCCUCUCAGAAAAGUCUUGCCACAGUCGAAAUUCCUCCGAUCUCGCUCUGCUCGUCCUUGUCGAACAGAGAAAACUGCGGGUUCGAAGCUUCAGACGACCUCGACGAUUUUGUUCAAGGCAAACGUCCCGGUUUGCUUUCUGCUCGUGCGAAGGGGAAAAGCUCGGGGAAUACGGAAGUCUCAAGAAAAAAGAAAAAGGUAAAAAUGGUAGAGCCGUUCACAACUACACAAAGAAGAUAUGAAAAUUGUCGUUUGUAGAGAGGAGGGCGAAGUGAAGUCCUUAGUGAGAGUAUAAAGAAGUAUAUGGUAUGGGAUAUGAUUAUUAUGUUGGUGUAUAUAAAAGGGUUUCGGAUGAGAACACAAUGAAUAAAGGCUUUGUCGUUGCAAAUGCAUAUAAAAGAAAAAAAAAAGGAACAGGAGAAUCUAACGUACGAACUUAAACUAAAAUACGUGGACUGUGACAACAUGAGAUUUCGCCGUCAUUGUAAUAUCAGUUUAUUUUUCCUUUUAUUUCUGUGACUGCCUCUUAAGCUGGGAAGUCUAUUAAGGAAGAGGAUACUCGAAUUUGCAUAUUUUUGUUGCAUUUACGGAAGGGUUUGAUUACCCUGAUUUUUUUUUCUUGAAGAAUAACUCGUUUUCUUUGUCUGCGUGGCUGAAUAAACUGAAAUAAUUCAGUGCUGUUGAUAAUACUUUGCUGUACUUCAAAUAAAAAUGAUAUAAAGUAUA